CUAUUACAUAUGGGUACGCAUAUCGAUACGCAUUUCCUGCAUCCCUCGCAGCAGUCGAUUGUUGCAGCAGCCCUAUAACCUCAAAACUGUCCGUCCACCAAUAAACACAAUAUACACUGGCCGUUUUUUGGUGUACAAUUUACAGGACAUUUUAUACUGACAAGUACACGUACAUGAGGUUGCUCUACUAACUCCAGCCCAGCGCCAUGAACACCCUAAUGCGUCGUGCCCAGCAUCUGCACCAUUGGCGCACAUAUUGCAUAAAACAAUGCGCCGCCGUCGCCGGCAACGAAGCAACUGCUGCUGCGAAAGGAAAGACGAGCUACGAAGAACUCAUUGACAGUCGACACCAGCAGGCGGAACGCAGCAUUGUCGUCCAGGUCAGCUCAGAGAAAUCUUACAAUGAAUUGUAUAACUACUGCAGUCGAUUUGGACGCAUUGUCACCGCCCAUCACUAUACAGUGCCUCACGAGGAUGAGCUGCACUACAUGCUGCUGGAGUAUGCCAAUGCCAACGAAGCCACCGCUGCCAUCGAUUCUAGUGCCUACAAUGCUGAGCUAAGCAGCCAUUCUAGUGUUUCUGCUGGAGGCAGUGUCUCUGGUGUCCCAGUGCGUUCUCCCUUCCUUUGGUUUCGUGCUGCCGCCGCUGCUGGCAAACGCAACCAGAGCAAAUUGUCUGCCAAUCACAAACCACUGCCGCUGACAACAGUCGCGGGCACUCGACCCUUGGCGCAAGACCAUCUGCAUACGUUACUACGCAGUGCUGAGAGCAUUGAGCAGCAGCUGCAGUUGCUCUACGAGCACACACGCCUCAAUGAUCUGGGUGUGCGCAUGCGAUUCCUGGCCGCGUUGCAGGUGCAACAGGCUAUUGCGGGCAUGUUUCCGGAGGCGCGUGCUCAACCGUUUGGCUCCUCGGUCAAUGGCUUUGGAAAAAUGGGCUGUGAUCUAGAUUUAAUAUUGCGUUUCGAUGGCGCUACGACGGCACAGAGCGAACGCCAACUGAUGUCGCGUCUCGUGUACCACACCAAGGAGAAUCUAAGCAAUGGGCGAUCGCAGACGCAGCGGCAAAUGGAAUGUAUUGGCGAUCUGCUGCAUCUGUUUCUGCCCGGCGUUUGCCACGUGCGUCGCAUUCUGCAGGCGCGUGUGCCCAUCAUCAAGUAUCAUCACGAGCAUCUCGAUCUCGAGGUGGAUCUAUCCAUGAGCAACCUCACCGGCUUCUACAUGUCCGAGUUGCUCUACAUGUUUGGCGAGCUGGAUCCGCGAGUGCGUCCGCUGACGUUCAGCAUACGACGCUGGGCACAAUCGUGCGGCUUGACGAAUCCGUCGCCAGGACGCUGGAUCUCAAAUUUCUCGCUCAGCUGCCUGGUCAUGUAUUUCCUGCAGCAGCUGCGGCAACCGAUUCUGCCAUCGAUUAGUGCAAUGGUGAAGACAGCUGCCAGCACAGACAUUCGGAUCACCGAGGAUGGCAUCAAUUGCACCUUUGCCCGGGACAUGGAGCGUGUGUCAUUCGCUAGUCGAAAUACGAGCAGUCUCAGUGAACUGUUGUUGCAGUUCUUCGAGUUCUAUUCACAAUUCGAUUUCCACAAUCGUGCCAUAUCAUUGAACGAGGCGCGAGCACUGUCCAAGCCGGAUCACUCGGCCAUGUACAUUGUGAAUCCGCUGGAACAGCUGCUGAAUGUGAGCAAGAAUGUGAGUCUGGAGGAAUGCGAAAGGUUGCGCAUUGAAGUGCGCAAUGCUGCCUGGAUACUUGAGUCCGAGGUGGAGAACUCAACGCUGACGGAGCAGGAGCGAAACGAGCAAUCCUGGGGACUACUCAAUCUCUUCAAGCAUCCCGAGAAGGCGGUCAUACGUCCCAAUAUGUUUUUUAAGCCCCGCAUGGUCGAGGUGAGUGAUCUCUUUGAGAAGUCACAGCUCAAUGGGUCAACGACAACGCCGCCAAUCAACUACAAAAAUGCAACGAUGCGACAGCAGGUGCAAUCCAUUAAGGCGGCCACACGCAACGAACUGAAGCAAUUGCGAGAGUCGAGCACAGCGACGUCAUCGUCAUCAUCAUCGACAACAGUGACGGCAUCAGCGAUGCCCACGGCAAAGAGCAAGCGCAACAGAUGAUAAACCACUGUGGUGGCAUUUUGGAAAUAAGACAGAGAUCGGUUUAGUGUAUAUACAUAACUAGAAAGUGUAGCUCUUAGCAUUAUUGACCACUGGAAUUAGUUAACUAAGUGUUGUUCAUAUAUUGUUAAGCGUUACGGCCAAAAAAAUCACAGCUGAAAGAGGCGUACAGUCAUAAUAUCCUAGGAUCAUGCAAUAUUCAUUCUCUUGCAUCGCUAAUUACUGACGUUAAGUAUUCUAGCUGUUUUUUUUUAAA